CCCCCAAAUUUAUGGCCUCCUUCCUCCUCUCCUCCCUCCCCUUCGGCCGUCGUCACCUUCCACUUCCCAAGCUUCCUCCCCCCUUCCUCCCCUUUUCACACCAAGCAGGACCUGCCAAACGCACGCCGCACCACCCAGAACCCAACAAAGGGUCUAGAGAGAGAAACGGGGAGGGAGCAGAGGCUGGGGAGGUCAGCCAAGCCAUCCACUUGCCCACCUCCAAGCUGUCCCCCAUGACACCACCGCCAGCACCGCCACCACCACCACCGCAAGAACCAAACCACGCGGCCUCGGCCUCGCAUUAGCGCCGAGAUCUCCCCUUUGAGCUCCCACUCCGCUCGCCUCGCCGCCAUGCGCUGCUGCGGUGGCGGCCACAGCCGCGCCGCGCUCCUGUUCUUGGCCGCGGCUGUGGCGGCCUGCGUUGCGCCGGCGGCGGCGCAGGAGCCCAACACCGACGCCUACUUCGUCUCCGGGUUCUUCUCCAAGCUGGGCCGCCCCGCGCCGUCGUCGUCCGGCGCCGGCGGUGUGUGCGCCUGGCCCGGCGUGUCCUGCGACGGCGAGGGCCGCGUGGUCGCGUUCUCGGCCGCCGGGUUGGGCCUGGCGGGCGCCAUCCCGGAGGACACCGUCGGCAAGCUCGCGCGCCUUCAGGUGCUCGACCUCAGCGGCAACCGCCUCACCGCGCUGCCCAACGACCUGUGGGAGCUCGGCGCGUCGCUGCGCGCGCUCAACCUAUCCGGCAACGCCAUCCGCGGCGCGCUCCCCAACAACGUCGGCAACUUCGCGCGCCUCCAGGCUCUCGACAUCUCCCACAACGCCUUCACCGGCUCGCUGCCGCAAGCGCUCGGCUCCAUCGCCGACCUGCAGGUGCUCAACGCCAGCCACAACCAGUUCCAGGGGCGGGUCCCCAGCGCCGUCGUCUUCGGGUGCGGGAACCUCGUGGCCAUGGAUCUCUCCGGCAAUGCGCUCGACGGGGACUUGCCAGACCUGUCGCCGCUCAGGUCCCUGGCCUAUCUCAACCUGUCCGGCAACCGGCUCCGCGGCUCGGUCAUCGGGGCGUUCCAGGAGCAGCUGAGGGUCAUAGACCUCAGCAACAACCGCAUCUCCGGGUUGAACUUUAGCAGUGGGUAUGCUGGCUCUGCAUUGAUGUACCUUGACUUGUCGGGCAACGAGCUUCUUGGAGAAUUCAAUGUCGCUGGCCGGUUCCGGAACCUGAGGCAUGUCAAUCUUGCACACAACCAUUUGUCAGAUGCCAAUUUGCUCGUGUCAUUGGGUGAGAUCUCUGAAUUGGAGUACGUUAAUCUGUCAAGCACUGGAUUGCAUGGGCAAAUCCCUCCUCAAUUUUCAUCUCGAUUGGUUGGAUUGAAGGUGCUCGAUUUGUCAAGGAACAAUGUCAGUGGGGUUGUCCCAGACAUGAGCUCUCUUCGGCUACGUGUGCUGGACUUGUCGGUGAACAAUCUCACCGGUGAGAUACCUGUGGCUUUGGUCAAGAAGUUGGCAUCGAUGGAGCACUUCAACUUCUCAUACAACAAUCUCACUGUUUGCGCCUCUGAGCUCUCUCCUGAGGCAUUUGCAGCUGCAUUUGCUAAGUCCAGAAAUGAUUGCCCAAUCGCUGUGAACCCAGACAGUAUCAAGAAAAGAAGAGGGAAGCGUAAGGGGGUGAAAUUGGCGUUGGCUGUUGUGCUCUCACUGUUCUUCUCUGUUCUCGGGUUGCUUUGCUUGGCAGUGGCAUGUCGAAGGCGGAGGAAGAGGUGUGAUAUGCUGCCUGUGGUUAAGCAGGUGUCAUUCAAAGAGGAGCCUUCUGUAUCAGGGCCAUUUUCUUUCCAGACGGAUUCAACAACUUGGGUUGCUGAUGUGAAGGUCGCAACUUCAGUGCCGGUAGUCAUCUUUGAGAAGCCCUUGCUAAGCUUCACAUUUGCUGACCUCUUGGCAGCGACGUCAAACUUUGACAGGGGUACCUUGCUGGCUGAAGGGAGGUUUGGGCCAGUGUACAGGGGAUUCCUUCCUGGUGGAAUUCAAGUUGCUGUGAAGGUGCUGGUGCAUGGGUCGGUAAUGGAGGACCAAGAUGCAGCAAGGGAGCUUGAGCGGCUGGGACGGAUCAAACAUCCUAACUUGGUUCCUUUGACUGGCUACUGUCUGGCAGGGGACCAGAGGAUUGCCAUCUAUGAGUACAUGGAAAAUGGCAAUUUGCACAACCUACUGCAUGACUUGCCACUGGGAGUUCAGACGACCGAAGAUUGGAGCGCAGACACUUGGGAGGACAAUGUUGGUGGUGUCGCAACUGAAAUCAUCACACCAGAAGGUACUGCGACAUGGAUGUUCCGACACAAAAUUGCAUUAGGUGCCGCGAGGGCGCUAGCAUUCCUCCACCAUGGCUGCAUUCCGCAGAUUGUCCACCGGGAUGUGAAGGCAAGCAGCAUCUACUUUGACUGCACAAUGGAGCCUAGGCUGUCCGAUUUCGGGUUAUCAAUGAUCGCCGGAACCAGCACCGACAAUGAUCCAUUGCACCACUCCCCAGGCUAUACUCCGCCGGAGUUCUCCAUCUCGGAAAACGCCAUGGCAACUGCAAAGUCCGACGUUUACAGUUUUGGUGUUGUGCUGUUUGAAUUGGUCACCGGGAAGAAACCAGUGGGUGACGAGUACCCAGACCAGAAGGAGGCGAACCUGGUGAACUGGGCCAGGGCGAUGGUGAAGGCGAACCUCGGGUCGAGCAUCAUCGACCUGAAGAUUCGCGACACGGGGCUGGAGCGGCAGAUGGAGGAGGCGCUGAGGAUCGCCUACCUAUGCACUGCUGAACUACCGUCCAAGAGGCCGGCCAUGCAGCAGAUCGUCGGCCUGCUCAAGGACAUCGAGCCAAAAGUAGCAGAGCAGGACUGAAGAAGUGAAGAAGUGAUUACUGAUUACUGGUAGCGUUUUGGAUGGUGUUUAAGGAUGUGUAGCGUAGGCAGGCUGUGAGUGAGCUCUUGGUUGUUUUGUCCUAGUGGAGCUCUCUGUGCCAUGCCCUGCUCUGCUGAGCCUGAGAUACAUCUGUUCUCCCCUUCUUUCUCUCCCUGAUUCUUCCGGUUGUUGAAGACGUUGCAAUACAGCUUUGCCAUACCUGCCCCUUACUGCUAA